GCUCAUGAAUAAGAAAACAGCGCUCGCAGUAGGCUACGACCGAUGGGAUUUGUGGUGUUUGUUUUGACAACGUUUUAAUUUGUGAAACAGGUUUCAAAGCAACAGACUGAAACGCUGCUUUGACUUAAUUUAUCCACGGAUAUUGCUAACAGUGCCUGGGAAACUACACGCCUCUGCAGCCUAGGUCGAAUCCACAGAAAUCGUUUCCUAUUGUUUUGAAGAAGAUUAUGGACAUUCCCCCACCUCAUAUUCUCGAAGGCGACGAUGAAAUAGAGAAGAAGAAGUUGUGCUCUGCCGAUAAUGGCGAGGCCGGUGUUGGAGGGGCCAGUGGUGGGACUGGAGGUACCGGCAUUGGAGGGGUGUCCGCCUCCCUUACCCCUGCCAUCUGGGAGAAGACCAUCCCCUAUGACGGGGAGACCUUCCACUUGGAGUACAUGGACCUGGAUGAGUUCCUGCAGGAGAAUGGCAUCCCAGUCACCCUAGAGGAGGAGCUGCAGAAGAGCCUGGCCCAGGAGGAAACCAAGGGGACAAGACCCCCUUUCACCACCUCUGACACAGAGACCGUCACACUCACCUUAGAGCCAGCUGAACAAGAGAAGGAAGAAGAAGAUGGGGACGAUGAAGAUGCUGUGUCUGGGUUUGAAGCAGCGGAGGUUGAAGUGUCUAAAAAUAAAAAAGAGGGGAAGUCUGCAGACCGACUCACACCCACUCCCAUCGACCCGGAGGACAUUGAGGUGGACAUCAACUUCCAGCCGGACCCCACAGACCUGGUGCUGUCCAGCGUGCCUGGGGGUGAGCUGUUCAACCCACGCAAACACAAGUUCUCUGACGAGGACCUCAAACCACAGCCCAUGAUCAAGAAGGCCAAAAAGGUCUUUGUGCCCACUGAGCAGAAGGACGAUAAAUACUGGUCGAGGAGGAAGAAGAACAACGUGGCAGCCAAACGUUCACGUGACGCCCGGCGGCUGAAGGAGAACCAAAUCACAGUGCGCGCUUCGUUUCUGGAGAGGGAAAAUGCAGCGUUGCGGCUACAAGUGGCUGAGUUGCGAAAGGACUGUGGUCGCUGCAAGAACAUUAUUUCCCGAUAUGAAGCCAAAUACGGACCAUUGUAAGGGACAAACUUAUUCUUUUAAGAAAAGAGCCGAAAAAUAAAAACGCCCCCCAAAAUGCAGAAACAAAGAGAAUCUGAAUUGCACCUCUUUCUUGGUGAACACCGGUCACUGCGUCAAGUUCUAGAUCCUUUCCAACACGACAGUGGAGGCAUGGAUACACACUGUCAGUGAGCCAGGCAGCAACAUGGCGAGAGGUGGACACGAAGGGUUGUGGAGAGCGACUGGCUCCUACACAUACAGGGACUCAAUUACUGCUAGUCAGGUCUUAUCACUGGCCAGACGAGUCAGAGAAAGCUGCUGGAGAAGUUACACACACAUUUAUACAGCGUAUUAAUAGGUUGUUUUGUGGACCAAAGCAUGAACAUCAUCAGUGAUCAGUAGUCAAUAAUGAAAGUUGUCCCCCUGCCCUCUUCCCACUGUUUGCAGUAACUGACUGUCUCUCUCCUCUGUUUCAAGUACUCAUGCAGAGGCUCUGAAGAAGGACAUGUGAACUCUUGAUUUAUUCAUAAUGGGGUAGGGGAGAAAAUGAUGAAUAACAGAAAGGACAGAUUGAGGGCUGCACCGCCGGGAUCGUACGCAGGGGAAAUAAUUGAUAUUGAUCAGAGAAAGGGCGAGAUAGUUGUUGUCCGGUCACAGCUCUUCCAUGUCUGUCCUUGCUUGUAAAACACUGAGGUGUGUGUGUGUGUGGAGAACUACAUAGUCUUCUCCCUGCACCACAUAGAUUGUUACCCCUGUUUUGCACUCAACCCUUCCAAAGCAACACCUUGUGGGUGAAGAUUAGAUAUAGGGGUGGGUACUUUUUUUCCUAUUACGACAUGACCCACACACAUGCUUCUAAUAUCUUUCCCCAAAAAUAAGUAUUUGGGGGGGGGGGGGGGGGGGUUUUAAAAAGUAGUAUGGCAAGGACUGUCUUUUCUCAGUAUGUUUAUUGCUCAUAGGUCAGGCAUUAAUAAGGGCCCUCAAUGGUGGAGGGGUAUUUACUAUGCGUGUUGGUUUAUUUCAUUGCACAAUGCAAGUAGAGGGCACUAUCUAUUUGUGCCUCCUGUAGUUUGUCUGGGAUUGAGAGUCAGUUAUUUUUUCAUCUUAAUUUACUGUUAUUCCUUAUGUUUGUUGAAUAGCUAUUAUGAUCAAUGCUGUAUUUUAAUAAUGCAUCUAUUGAUUGAUGUGCAACAAUCUGUCAGAUUUAUAUUUCUUUAGAGGAAAGAAAACAAUGACCCAAUGACUAAGCAGGGAUCUCAAUGGACAAACUGUGGUUUUAAUUAUUAUUUUUUUUAAACAGCUUUUCAACCAGAAUUUUACAGAAAUAUAUUUCUUUUCUAAAGACAAUUUCCUAUUUACCUCAUCCAACACUUCCAUUGUUUAAUACUCCUAUCUUAUUGGAUUCCAAUAAUUUUGAAGGGUUGGGGUGCCUAUGACAAUGUUGACAGGAGUUGUGAGCACAAGAAAGGUGGUUUUGGGUAAGUUUAAUAAAAAAUUAUAGGUCAAGGUACAUAGUCGAUGCAGAGUUCUGUUUGUUAAAGUGGCUGUGCCUCAAUUGUUGCAAAUACUACAUAGCAGACUGUUAAGUAAAGGGACUCAAUCUCUUGUGUGAAUUUGUGUUCCUGUGCCGAUCUUCAUUAUGAUGCAUAUUAGAAUCAUACAUGUGGCAAUAAUAUUAAUUUGACUGCUUUGUUUCUGGUGUGUUUCUGUAAAAUAACUAUGAUAGACAAAAUGUUGAAAUGGCGCAACGUCAUGUGUGCUUCCAAUUAAGUUUCCCAGUAAUCCUGCUGCACGAAAAUGUGUUAAUGGUGUAAUGUUUGCAUAUGUUUUACACUAAGUGUAUGUACUUAUGUCUGUAAAUUAAAGGAUCGAAACAAA